CUUCAUUUUAUCCAUUGAAAUGAAAUUUCUCUCAUCCACUCGCUCAUGGCUCUCUCGAUAGCUAGUGGCAAUGGCAGUGGAGGCAGAAUCGUCUUCACCAACUCCACCAGACACCACUCUCAAAUCCACCGUCCUCAAAUCCUACUUCCUCUCUCCCCGAGAAGAUCUCUCCAUAUAGUAUCAGCAAAGAAGCUAUCUUCUUCUCGAACUGGCCGUUUUGACAGCAGGAACAGGAGGAGCUCCAUUACAACUAGAGAUAAGGAAGAUGAAGAAGAAAGGACAGCUGAGAUUGAAAGAACAGGUGGCAGCAAUGAAGAUUUUAGUGGCAGUAAAGUUGAAAAUGUGAGUACAAGUAGUGUUGAUGCGGAAGAUGAUGGCUAUUUCUUGCCUCCGCUUCCCGGCGAUGAACCGGACUUUUGGGAAGGUUCGAAAUGGGAUGGUCUUGGGUUCUUUGUGCAGUAUAUGUGGGCUUUUGGUGUUGUUUUUGCGUUAAUUGCAUGUGGGAUCGCUGUUGUUACAUAUAAUGAAGGAGCAACAGACUUUAAGGAGACUCCUGCAUACAAAGAAUCGAUCCAAUCUCAGGAGCUUUUGGAAGAGCCUGAAGCAUCUAACUCUGAUGUGUUUGAAUCAAAUCCAACUGAGGUCGCUCCUAGUUUGGACUAGUUAUUUUAAAAUGGAUGUCAAAAGCCUUUGCCAUAACCAAAUUUCCUGGCAAAAACAAAAUCCUAUGAAAGAUAUUGUCCUCAAUCGUUGAUUAGGUAAUGCUUCUAUGCUGUAACUUGUCAAAACAUACAGGAAAGAUAUUUGUUACUGUGAAUUCAGUUUAUACUAGCAAGUUGGAAUAUCUGCAAUUUGAUUGCUGACAGUUUUCAUCAUCUAUAUUUCACUUUCAUGUAUGCAAUACUUGCAAA